AUAUUUUCAAAACAUAAACAAAACAUUUACGAGAUUCACAUGUUGUUUAUUGUUCCCGUUCUUCUAUCGUAAUUUAUUAAAGUUUCAAGUUGUUUCUCCAUUUUUUGCAUUUGAAAUGGAUUUGAAAACGUACAAGAAAAUCCACCCGGUCAAAUACUACAAGGACUACCUCGAACACAACAUCCGACCGGAUGGGCGCGAAAUUGGCGAUCUUCGACCAUUGGCCAUCAACUUCGAUUCGAUCAAAACGGCGGAUGGGUCUGCCAUCGUGAAGAUAGGAAACACCACAGUGGUCUGUGGCAUUAAAGCUGAACUGGCCCCGCCGAAACCUGUGGAACCGGACACAGGUUACCUGGUGCCAAAUAUUGAGAUAUCUCCGCUUUCGUCCCCAAAGUACCGUCCUGGACCGCCAAGCGAAGAGGCUCAAGUGUACAGUUGCUCACUUGCGGAUGCAAUCCUCAAUUCCGGGUGUGUAAAUUUGAAGGACCUCUGCAUCACCAAGGAACAGCUAGUGUGGGCGCUGUACUGCGAUUUGGUGUGUCUGGAUCACGAUGGGUGCAUAUUCGACGCCUCGGUGAUAGCUUUGGUGGCCGCAUUGCACACCCUCCGGCUGCCACCGGUUAAACACAAUCCGGACACGGACGAGCGUGAAGUGGACGAGGAUGCCGAAAGGAUUCCGUUGAAACUGAACUCAAUCCCUGUGACGACAUCGUUUGCCGUUUUCGGUGGACGGAUCAUUGCGGAUCCCACGGCGGAGGAGGAAGCCCUGGCCACAUCCACCAUCACGAUUACUAUUUGUGAUUCAACGCUGAGCUAUAUUAACAAGAGUGGCGGCGAUCCGCUGGAACAGGAACUUCUCGACAAAUGCAUCGAGAACGCGAUGAAGCGGGAAAAGUCCGUCAGGGGGUUGAUCCGGAAGAUGACGAAGAAUAAAGCGUGAGAUGGUCGAUUCGGA